AUGUGCUCUGCCAGCUAUGUGGAGAUUGUUGUGGAGGAGUCCAAUGCGAGCUGGGAGGAGGCUAGCGACCAGGAAGCUCUUGCGAUAGACGAAGAUGAAGAGUCCAGGAAAGACAUUGCGGAUGUACCUGUGAACACCUCUAAUCUUACUGAGGAGGAUAUUUAUGCUGCGGUGGGAGAGAAGAAGGGCGAACAGAAGACCGGCCAGGAGAACAGCGAACAGAAGACCGGCCAGGAGAAGAACAGCGAAGAGAACAGCGAAAUGAAGACCAGCAAAGAGAAGACCAGACAAGAGGAGACCAGCCAAGAAGAGAAGACCAGCCAAGAAGAGAAGCCCAGCCAAUAA